UACAUGUGAAAAACUCUGGCGGGGGCCGGGCUUUUUCCUUCCUCCUCCUCCUCCUUCUCCUCCUCCUCCUCCCUCCUCUUCCCUCCCCACCUUCCUCCACUCCCUCCCUUCCCCUCCCCUUCCACCUCCUCCUCCUCCUCCUCCUCGGCCAGCUCAGGUUGCAGCUUCUCUGGGGAGCCGCUCACCUUUCCGGAGCAGGGGAAGCAGCCCCACGCCCAGGCGGGGACCCCAGGAGGGCGCAGGGCUCGGCGCCCACCCCGCUGCCCCUAGGACGCGCGCGGACCCGGCUGCCUGGUCCCUGAUGAUCAUGAACAAGAUGAAGAACUUUAAGCGCCGUUUCUCCCUGUCAGUGCCCCGCACCGAGACUAUCGAGGAAUCCUUGACCGAAUUCACAGAGCAGUUCAACCAGCUCCACAACCUGCGGAAUGAGGACCUGCAGCUCGGUCCUCUUGGCAGAGACCCCCCGCCGGAACCCAGCACCUUCUCCCCCACAGAUGGUGGGGAGGAGCCGGGGCAGCCGUCCCCUGGCAUGCAGUACCAGCGGCGGCAGAACCAGCGCCGCUUCUCCAUGGAGGACAUCAGCAAGAGGCUCUCUCUGCCCAUGGACAUCCGCCUGCCCCAGGAAUUCCUGCAGAAGCUGCAGCUGGAGAGCCCAGACCUGCCCAGGCCGCUCAGCCGCAUGUCCCGCCGUGCCUCCCUGUCAGAUAUCGGCUUUGGGAAACUGGAGACAUACGUGAAACUGGACAAACUGGGGGAGGGCACCUAUGCCACGGUCUUCAAAGGGCGCAGCAAAUUGACGGAGAAUCUGGUGGCCCUGAAGGAGAUCCGGCUGGAGCACGAGGAGGGGGCGCCCUGCACCGCCAUCCGAGAGGUGUCUCUGCUGAAGAACCUGAAGCAUGCCAACAUCGUGACCCUGCAUGACCUCAUCCACACAGAUCGGUCCCUCACCCUGGUGUUUGAGUACCUGGACAGUGACCUGAAGCAGUAUCUGGACCACUGUGGAAACCUCAUGAGCAUGCACAAUGUCAAGAUUUUCAUGUUCCAGUUGCUCCGGGGCCUCGCCUAUUGCCACCGCCGCAAGAUCCUGCACCGAGACCUGAAACCCCAGAACCUGCUCAUCAACGAGAGGGGGGAGCUGAAGCUGGCUGACUUUGGACUGGCCCGGGCCAAGUCCGUGCCUACAAAGACCUACUCCAAUGAGGUGGUGACCCUGUGGUACAGGCCCCCCGAUGUGCUGCUGGGAUCCACAGAGUACUCCACCCCUAUCGAUAUGUGGGGCGUGGGCUGCAUCCACUACGAGAUGGCCACAGGCAGGCCCCUCUUCCCGGGCUCCACGGUCAAAGAGGAGCUGCACCUCAUCUUCCGCCUCCUCGGGACCCCUACAGAAGAGACGUGGCCUGGUGUGACGGCCCUCUCUGAGUUCCGCGCCUACAACUUCCCCCGGUACCUCCCGCAGCUGCUCAUCAGCCACGCUCCCAGAUUGGAUACUGAGGGCAUCAGCCUCUUGACCGGCCUCCUCCUGUAUGAAUCCAAGAGUCGCAUGUCAGCAGACGCUGCUCUGAGUCACCCUUACUUCCGGUCUCUGGGAGAGCUCGUCCACCAGCUUGAAGACACUACCUCCAUCUUUUCCCUGAAGGAGAUCCAGCUCCAGAAGGACCCAGGCUACCGCGGCUUGGCCUUCCAGCAGCCAGGACGAGGGAAGAACCGGCGACAGAGCAUCUUCUGAGCCGUGGCCAUCCUGGCUUGGCCUGAGCAAUGAGAGGGUAGGAUGGGUCCCGUACAGCCCUCAGAGGACAGAGGAACAAGGGGCUCACAGCCAGCCCGGAAAACCUCUUGGCAGCCCUGCUGGCCAUGGCUGUUUCUUCUCCCUGCUACCCACAUGCCUCUCCAGUGGCCUUCACCUGGACACCAAUCCUCCGUCACCUCCCUUGGGGCUGGGUGUGAGCUGCUUCCCUGAGAGGAAGUGAAGAGGCAGGGAGAGACCCUAGACCCUCACCCACCCUGAAGCACUUGGGCACCAGUGUGGGAUGCACAUGGACAGGAAAAUCCAGGCACCAGGCUGGGUGCCAUGUCAUGGAUACGAGCCCCAUCACGACUCCCUCCAGGGGCCUGCCUGCCUCACCAGUUUGGCAGGGCUCCUGUUUGGCCCAUUGAAGCCCACACAUAUAUCACUUUAUUUCGCUUUGAGAGCAAGAAGGGAUACGGCAUCUUGUCUGGGACCCCAGAAUGCUGGGUGCCCACAUUUGUCAAAGCCCACCAAGGGGCAGAUGUCCCCAGAGCAACAAAAGGAAUAAUAGCCCAUCUCGUCUUUUCAUCAGCCCUACCUUGCUCUUGUCCCUCCCCAACCCCCAUCACGCCUUCCAAGGAUGCCCAGCUGUGUCCAGAGGUGGCCUGUGACCGCCAGCUGCAUGCCUGCCGCCUCUGCCAGCUCCUCCCAUCUCCCCAGUCUGAACGGAGUUGCCUUAAGUUGGAGGUGGUAAAGUGCUCACUGCCCUUGGAGCUCUGGCCCGGCUCCUACCUGUUCCCCUUUCCGAGAGUGGUUCCUGUUUAUCAUCCCUGAGCGCUGAUAAGCCAGGUCAGGGUCCCGAGGACAGCACUCAGAUACACGGGGUCACCCUGACGCGGGUGCCAGGCUGACUUCAACUCUGGGGUUCCCUGUGGCUCUAUCUCCCGAUCCUGGUACCAGCUUCUCUGUGCCCCCUGCCUCCCCAGAGGUUGUUCACAACAGGGAGGGGUGUAAAUACCACAACCUGAGGUAGAGGAAGGUGGCCCUGGAGCAGGCCCUGAUCCUAAGAGCCAUGCUUCUGGGAGGCUGAGGGGCAGUGGCCCCUAUAUAAAGCACCCAUCCCCCACCCCUACCCAGCACCCCUCUGUAUUCCCAAGGUCUCCCAACACUUGGCUGGAUCUUGAAUGGCAAAGGCCAAGGGGAGGCCAGGCCCGGCCUUCCCACUCAAGCCUCCUUCCCAGCCCAAACUCCUCAGCCCCAGAGUCUCGGCCUCCACCAGCCCUGGACUCCCCCAUCCCCCACUGUACUGUGAAUGUCCUGUGACUCAGCGCAAAGACAGAUAAUAUAUUUAAUUCAUGUUGUACAGAAAGGAGCGAUCAGUCUCGUGCAAAAAAGCUGAUUUUGAUAGAUUGAUGCCAAAGAUGGAGAACCCUUCUCCAGGGCUAAUGAGUGUGGGUGGCGCUUGCUUAUAUAUAUAUAUGUAUAUAAAGUGAAUAGAGAGUUUG